AUGCGUUUCUCAUUCCAAUUACUCCCAUUAUUGGUCCAACUUGAAGUGCUGAAGCAACUGGAGCUCCAAGAAGUAUUCUUGUUGAGUUUAUGCUCAGAAAAGAUGAAAACAGUGGUUCAAUGCCUCAACAUGAGGCCAACAAAAUUGAAAUACCUUUUUCUAAAGAAUGGAGUUCAAGUAUCUGCUGGAUAUGGCAACAAUCAGAUUUACUAUGGUGUUGCCAACGUGCAGUUUGUUUCAACCAUCCCUAGUGGCAAGAUGAAACCGAUGAAGUUAGGAGGCAACAAAAUUAAUUGCAGAUGCUUCAAAAAAUCUUCUAAAGCAAAACUCUCCCACGGAUUCCGUUAUCUCGCACAAGAACAAAUCACUGUUCUGGAAUCCCUCCAAUGCCAUAUGAAAGGCCUGUUUCGAUUCAAACCUCGUGUUCAACUGGAGUUCACUUCCCUUCAUUAUAUAAACAUUUCUCGCAUCAUCAAUGACGUCACAGACUCUAGAUUUGAAGUAGAAGAGUUAGAAACAGAGCAACUCGAGAACUAUCUGACCAUUCAUCCAGGUCAAGAUAGUCUUCUACUGGAGACAAAACUCACUGGACUACGGUUGAAAAGUGAUUCGAAAUUGUAUUCCAUCAAAGGGUUAGUAGUUUAUGGAAAACGAAUAGAUCCUUUCAUUUUCGUGGAGACUCGUCAAAACCCCCGCCUACACUUUUCGGAAGUUAUUAACAACUUCGGUGGAGAAUAUCUUUUCUUUCUCGAUGUUGUCUAUAAUAUCAAUGAUUGGGCGCAAUUAAUACAAAGCUGGAAAAGCAAGGAGGCUUACCAAAAAUUGAAAUUUGUUUUGAUAAGGGCACCCAGAGGAGCCUCUAUCACGUUUGAGCAUGCAAUGCGACAAUUCGAUUUCAAAGCGUGGGAUGGUCAGCGGAGACCGCGGACUGUCAAGUUGGAACCAAAAAUUGUCAAUCUCAAAUUAAACUCUUAUAAAAACUUGGACUGCUCCAAGUGGAUGGACAUACAACAGGACGGAGGCGGCAAAUGGGCUUCGAUUAUGUUGUCGCAGACUUUUAUCCAAUUUAUUGUCUGGCACUGA